AUGAGCGAGAACGGCCACGUCCCAUGCUCCGUUGCUGCUGACGGCUGCGACCUGCAUUCCUCGGGCUCACAGCCCACGGCGCCGGCCGCCGGCGAUGGGGACGAGCAGCCCGGGCGGCUGGCAGAGCCUGCCAGCGGCACAGCCACCCCCCGGCGCGGCGCUCAGCCCUCCCCGGCAGCCGACGGAGAGCCCGGGGGCCAGGGGGGGCAACAUCUGGCAGCGGUGACGGAGCCGGGCGAGAGGCAGGGGGAGCAGGGACUGGGGACGGGCGUCGGCAGUGAGAGCAGCCCUGGGGAAGAGCCAAUGCUGGCGAACGGCGUGGACGUGGAGCUGGAGCAGCACGACGGUGGCGCGGCCAGCCCGGGCGGCACGGAGCCGGCCGAGAGGAGCUCCCCCAGCCCGGAGCGACCCGGCCAGGCCCUCAGCAAGGAGCGGUGGCACAGCGUCCUGGGGUCCUCAGAAGCUCUGAGCGCUGACGAGCCCGAGGAGCAGCUUGGGUUUGCUUCUGCAGAUACCAACCUGAGCUACAGUGAGGAUGAGAAGGAACAUUUUCAGUUCAAGGACAUCAGGGAUGGGUUCAGCUCGACCUUUGAGAAGAUUGUUGAGUCUGACCUUAUGAAGGGAACCUACUACAGCAGCUUGGACUCUUUGGAUGUCCUGUCUCUGACAGACGAGACAGACAGCUGUGUCAGCUUUGAGGCUCCACUCACUCCACUCAUCCAGCAAAGGGUCAAGGAGAGCCCAGAGCUGCUGGAGCAGAAACUGGUGGCCCAGCAGAGAGAAGCCCUUCAGGACAUGGCUGCUGAGAAGCCAGAGCAGGCAGCAGCAAGGUCAGCAGAGGGGGAUUUUGGGAGCCCUCUCAGGCACUCGAUCACCAGCAGCAGGUCGGAGAACGUACUGAGCCGCUUGUCCCUCAAGAGUAUCCCAAAUGGAUUCCACAUGGAAGGGGCAGAGGAGGAUGCCACCAAGAUCAUUAACUCCAUCAGCGAUGCCAGCCUGAAGGAGACUCUGUCCAACUCGGAGUCCGACAUGGGCAGCACGGAGCAGCUGGACCAGGGCAGCACGGAGCAGCUGGCCAACGGGUGCCGUGUGGAUGGGGAGGCUGCCAAGAGGCUGGCCAGGCGCCUCUACCGCCUGGAGGGCUUCAAGCGCUGUGACGUGGCGCGCCAGCUCGGCAAGAAUAACGAAUUUAGCAAGUUGGUAGCAGAGGAGUAUCUCAGCUUCUUUGACUUCAGUGGCCUGACCCUUGACAGAGCACUCAGGACGUUCCUGAAAGCUUUCCCGCUGAUGGGUGAGACGCAGGAGCGGGAGCGAGUCCUGAUCCACUUCUCGCGGCGCUUCUGCCUCUGCAACCCUGCGGAGAGCACCUCCCAAGAUGGGAUUCACACACUCACCUGUGCCCUGAUGCUGCUCAACACAGACCUCCAUGGCCAUGUGAACAUUGGCAAGAAGAUGUCCUGUCAGCAGUUCAUAGCAAACCUGGAUGGGCUCAACGAUGGGAAGGACUUUGCAAAGGACUUGCUGAAGACCCUGUAUAACUCCAUCAAGAAUGAGAAGCUGGAGUGGGCCAUCGAUGAGGACGAGCUGAGGAAGUCACUGUCGGAGCUGGUAGACGACAAGUUUGGAGCCAGUGCCAAGAAGGUGACCAGGAUCGUGGACAGCAGCAACCCCUUCCUGGACAUCCCGCAGGCGCUCAACGCUGUCACCUACAAGCACGGCGUCCUCACACGCAAAACCCAUGCCGACAUGGACGGCAAGAGAACUCCCAGGGGAAGAAGAGGUUGGAAGAAAUUUUAUGCUGUGCUGAAAGGGACUGUCCUUUAUUUACAGAAGGAUGAAUAUAAGCCUGACAAAGACCUCUCUGAGGUGGAUCUGAAGAACGCCAUCCGUGUGCACCACGCCUUAGCCACCCCAGCCUCCGACUACAGCAAGAAGUCCAACGUGCUGAAGCUGAAGACAGCUGACUGGAGAGUCUUCCUCUUCCAGGCUCCGAGCAAAGAAGAAAUGCUGUCCUGGAUCCUGCGGAUCAACCUCGUUGCUGCCAUCUUCUCUGCCCCGGCCUUCCCGGCUGCCAUCUGCUCCAUGAAGAAGUUCUGCCGCCCGCUCCUGCCCUCAUCCAUGACCAAGCUGUGCCAGGAGGAGCAGCUGAGGUCUCAUGAAAAUAAGAUGAAGCAGAUUGCAGAUGAAUUAGCAGAGCAUAAAUUACAUCCUGUGGAGAAGAGCCUCAAGUCAAAAGAGGCUGAGGAGUACAGACUCAAAGAGCAUUACCUAAUAUUUGAGAGGAGUCGCUAUGAGACCUACAUCAGCCUGCUGUGCAUGAAGAUCAAAGCAGGGACAGAUGACCUGGAGAGGAUUGAGAGCAGCUUCUUGAAGGUGGAGGCUGAGGAGCUGGCUCUGCGGAAGACGCACUCCAGCCCCUCGCUGAGCCAGGGCCAUGUGCCCAGCGGCUGCAAGGGGCACAAGGACCUCUCGGAGCAGAACACCUAA